CCGGUGUGGCUUGAGCAGAAAACAACCAAGGAGAGCUUUAGAGUGAGGAAGAAAGACGUCUUGGUCCUGCUAUCACACACACACACAUAGACAGAGUCUUCCAAUGGCAAGCCAAGGUGUUGCCUCCAUGUUGGCUCUCGCAUUGCUCCUUGGAGCCUUCGCCUCCAUCCCACAAAGCGUCGAGUCCAUCGGGGUGUGCUACGGCAUGAGCGCCAACAACCUGCCGGCGGCGAGCACCGUGGUGGGCAUGUUCAAAUCCAACGGGAUCAACUCCAUGCGGCUGUACGCGCCGGACCAGGCGGCGCUCCAGGCCGUCGGAGGCACGGGCGUGAACGUGGUCGUCGGCGCGCCCAACGACGUUCUCUCCGCCCUCGCCGCCAGCCCCGCCGCCGCAGCCUCCUGGGUGCGGAACAACAUCCAGGCCUACCCCAAGGUGUCCUUCCGGUACGUCUGCGUGGGUAACGAGGUGGCCGGCGGCGCCACCCAGAACCUCCUCCCCGCCAUGAAGAACGUGCAGGGCGCGCUGGCGUCGGCCGGGCUGGGACACAUCAAGGUGACCACGUCGGUGUCGCAGGCCAUCCUCGGCGUGUACAGCCCGCCCUCCGCCGGCGCCUUCACCGGUGAGGCGGACGCGUUCAUGGGCCCCAUCGUGCAGUUCCUCGCCCGCACCGGCGGGCCGCUCAUGGCCAACAUCUACCCGUACCUGGCGUGGGCCUAUAACCCGAGCGCCAUGGACAUGAGCUACGCGCUCUUCACCGCCUCCGGCACCGUGGUCCAGGACGGAGCCUACGGGUACCAGAACCUGUUCGACACCACCGUGGACGCCUUCUACACUGCCAUGGCCAAGCACGGUGGCAGCGGGGUGAAGCUCGUGGUUUCGGAGAGCGGGUGGCCGUCGGGCGGCGGCCAGGCGGCGAACCCGGCCAACGCGAGGACCUACAACCAGUACCUCAUCAACCACGUCGGACGCGGCACCCCGCGGCACCCGGGCGGCAUCGAGACCUACGUCUUCUCCAUGUUCAACGAGAACCAGAAGGACAACGGCGUGGAGCAGAACUGGGGGCUCUUCUACCCAAACAUGCAGCACGUCUACCCCAUCAGCUUCUGAUCGAUCGACCGAUCGAUCACAGGUAGCGUAUGUCCGUAUGGGCGUGUACGUGCGUAUAAGAGCAUGUACACGUACGUAUGUGCACAUUAUGUAUUUGUACAAUACAGGGGCUUGGAUCCAUGCGACCACUGAGAUAGUAUAUACAAUACUACUAGCUCAGAUGCGUACGCUAUAGUAGUGGUUUGGUACCUAUAGUAGUAUACUGGUAUUCUAGCUAGUAUACGAUUACGAUUGAAGGGAAGCAAAUGUAAACGCUCCCUUCACCGUAGAGAUUGAUUGAUAAUGAUAUGUACACAGAUGUGUACGUAGCUAGGGAGGGACCUAUAUUGUAGGUCUCAAAAGUUUCGUCAAAUUUUGGCGAAAACUUUUGUCCAAGAAUAAUACUAUCUGAAAUUUCGGCAAGGACCGAAAUACUCUUCUACAUUA